CCCCUUUCCCAAUUUCAGUCUCACCGGCCAAGAGGAUUACCAAAAAAAAAGAAAAAAAGAGAGGCUUUGCUAGGUUUUUUUCCACUCUAAAAGAUUGGGUUGGGGCGAUGCCUUAAGAGUUAAGGCCGUAGCCCUUCUCUUUUUCCUUUAAACCCUCAAAGCUUUCGACUUUCUCAAUGGGAAUCCUCAAAGUCUGUUUCUUUUUUUUAACUUUAUUUUAUUUUUGUAAAGCCAGACAGAUCUGUACAUUCAAGAUGUGAAUAUGAAAAUGAUAAUUUGAUGAUGAAGAAAACUCAUAGUAGUUUUAUAAAUGAUUAGAUCAUUUCAUCAUCAUUAUUGUCUCUGAUUUAAUGCAUGUCUAUUACACCCACGAAUCAUUAGAAUUAGAAGAUAGACAAUCAUAGCUAAAAUCCGUUUGCAAAAGAAAAACAUGUGGAGAAGAUUUUGGAUGUGCUCGGCUGUGAAGCAGGGCGUAUCAGCGGCGAUUGGGAGGAAGCCUCUGCCUUUUCAUCAGGAUGGUUUUCUAUUGGUCGGAUUGAAGUCUGUUGGGUCAUACUUUUCCAGAAUAGCUCUGCUGUCGUCCUCAGCAUCAUCUUCCAAUGUUGUUGCUACUGGUGUCUCUGAUUGUAAAGAGGGGAUUUCCUUGGAAGAGGCUAAGAAGCUGAUGAGGCUGGUUAAUGUGGAAGAGCUGAAGAGGAAGUUAGGGAUGGUAGGAAAGGAGGUUAUUGGGUACUCGGAGUUGUUGGAGGCCUGCCAGAGCAUAGGCGUCGCCAGAUCUAUGGAGGAGGCAAUCUUGUUUGCAAGGGUGCUGGAUGAGGCCGGCGUCGUACUUCUCUUUCGCGACAAGGUCUAUCUUCAUCCGGACAAGGUCAUGCUUCUAUUUACUAUUUCCUUUAUUCCUAAGUUCCUUCCCCUGUCUAUUCCAAUCCAAAACACUGUAUCUGUUUAUCUGCAAAAAUCCUGUGGAUGCUCUGCUUCUUUUUUUUUUUUUUCCCUUUAUCUUUUCUCUUUCCGGUUGGGGUAGAGGAUAUUGACCCAUUAUUCGGUCCAUGUCAUGGCUUUUUAAUGUUUUUGUGUCUUGCUCCCUUUAGCCUUUCUUCCAAUAAGAAUGCUAGCUUGGCUCCAUGGUCCCUUCUCCCUUUUACCGUUGCAUAUACACCUUUGUUCAUGAACUUUAUUGUUGUUUUAUUUAUUUAUAUGACAUAUAGAUGACAUGGGUAACAUUCCUAAGAUUUAUUAGUGUAGAAUAUGUCCAGUUCUCAUGUUCGUUUGAGAUAUGCCUAAUUGUGAUUGGGAUAAGAAUGUAGUACGCAUUUAGUCUUGGACCAGCGAAUGUGUGACUUUCAAAAAUUUCAAAUAGUAUCUUUUCUUCUUCUGUCUGUAGUGAUGAAUGCUUUCUUAUCCUCCAUCAAACAAAUAAUUUAUCAAGCAGGCUUGGAUAAGAUAUAAGCCAUUGUGUGGAUAUAAACAUAUAUUAGUUUUACAUUACACUGCAGCUGUGUCAUUUGGCCAUUAGGUUUUUCUCUGCUCUUCGAGCCUUUUACCAACCAUAUGCUAACCCAUUAGACAUUAGAAAACAAAAGAUAAACCCUUACUAUUUUCUAUUCCAGGUUGCUUUACGUUCCCUCUUCACUACAUUCCCAUCUUCAAAAAUCCUCGAUAUUUUCUGUCAUUUUUCAUUGUCAAUUCAAUACUCCUCGCCUUACUCCAAUCAGCCUUAACAAAGAUGUGCAAGCUUA